GCUUCCAAGCUUGGAAAACGCAAGACUGUCAACCACAAAACGCGCCUAACUGUAAACUUGUACACACAGACACUUUCUCUCUAUAUAACACCCACUCUUCUAUACUUUGCUUCCUCCAUCUCUCUCUCUCUCUCUCUCUCUCUCUCUCUCUCAAUCUCUGGGUGUGUCCGGGGAAUUAUACACAUAACCACAUGACGAUGGAGGCUCAAGACGAAGUUAUAGGCUGCAGCAGCACAGAUCAGACGCAAGUCAUCAAAGGCAAACGCACCAAACGCCCAAGACCUACCUCUCCUCUCAACGUCACCGCUUCUUCCCUCGCCCAAAAUCCCAGGUUAAUCAACGAUGACCCUCGGGACCUCGAUCGCCUAACGCUCUCUUCACCCGAUCACGAUGAAUUUACGCACAGUGAUGAUACCACCGAGGAGGAACAAGACAUGGCUAAUUGCUUGAUCCUUCUGGCUCAGGGUCGUCGUCGUCCGAUUAUAUCUUCAUCAGUUGCAGAAUUCUCGCUUGCUACCAAGUCUCCCCCUGCAACUGGGUUGUACGUCUACCAGUGCAAGACGUGUGACCGAUGCUUCCCUUCUUUCCAAGCGCUGGGCGGACACCGAGCGAGUCACAAGAAACCGGCCAAGACUCAUUGCAACGACGAAAAGAUGGUGGUGGUCAUGCAAGCAGAUGGCUUUGUCAAUAACACCAGCAACUCACUAUCGCUGCAAAUAGCGAAUAGGGAGGCGGCCAAGUCUAAUAAGGUUCACGAGUGUUCUAUUUGUGGCGCUGAGUUCUCCUCCGGCCAGGCUUUGGGAGGCCACAUGAGGCGUCAUAGAAUCGCAGCGACGACGACGACGACGACUUCUUCUUCUGCAACGGGGUUCGGUAAUAUCCAUUCACCAGAAUCCAAAAAACCCAGAAAUGUUCUAGAAUUAGACCUUAACCUUCCUGCACCAGAAGUCGAUCAAUUAGAUCAACCCAAGUUUGCCUUUUCGUCCAAGGAACAAAUACUCGUCUUCUCUCCUCCUCCUUUGGUUGGUUGCCAUUACUAACUAUACCCACCCUUAAUUAAACUCCUAAUCAAUUGUAUAAUUCAUUCUUUUUAUGUUAACAUUGAUUGCUUAAUCUCACAAUUGUAAUUGGAGAUUCUUUAUUCUUUCAAUUCUGUUAGUAUUUGUCUGUGUUCAUGUUAAUUAGUUUAUUAUCUCCUGUAAAUGGCUGCA